UGCCAGGCGACAGCGGGAGCAGGCGACUGCCCCGCAGGCGAUCAAUGACAGCAGCCAGGACGCCGAGGCCGCGUUGGAGCACAGCGAGGCCGCGGAGGGCAUCUUUUCUACGCGCCGGUUAGAAGCUGACGAGGAGGAGCUACUGGCGGGAGCGCAGCACGAAGCUGACCUGGAGCAGUUUGAUGAGGCGGCGUUCCUACAGCAAGCAGCGGACGCGCGCGCGGUGGAAGCCGACGCCCAAGCAGCCGCGGCGCAACCCGCCCCUGACCAGCCCUUCGACGCGGCCGCCGUGGCUAAUGCCUUCAUCGCAAUGCCCCCUUUCCAGGAGCGGUACACGCAUGCCGCGUGUCUACCAAUGAUGUACAUCCCCCCCCUCGACCCCUUGGGGAUGAUCACCUACCCCUCCACCGACCGCGUUCGGGCGCAAGAGCACCAGGUCGUGGCAUGGACCAAGGAGAUGCAAAUGUACGGCACCCCUGCUGGAGCGCACGCCAGUCCUUCCGCUACACUCCCCCACCGCAUGGCCACGCCGUCUGAGGAGGCCCGCCACCCGCAGCUCCAUGUCAUCGGGGGUGCCACCUCUCUCGAAGUCACGACGCUCCAGCAGCUGCAGCAGGCGUGCCGGGGUGGCGCCCUCCCCCCUUACACGCGCUGCCCACGGCGCGAGCUUCCCUCCCCCGAGCAGGUGGCUCUCCUGUUCUCCCUGCACGAGGAGCAAGCGCGCCCUUUCCUUCGCCUGGCAUACACGCUCCUCCUGGAGGGCAUCGGACUGCAGCAGCCGCCCGCCAACGUGCUCAUCACCGGGCGAGCGGGCACCGGGAAGAGCCGCAUCUUGCUAGCGCUGCUGUGGCUGGCGUUCCAGUACGACCAUCAGGACAUGAUCGCCGUCACCAGCUACACGCACCGUGGCGCUCUGGAGGUGUCCACGCCCUCCGCCACCGGCCGCACCACCAGCUCCUUCUUCG